CAGAAUCAGAUUCCAAACAACAGCAUCAGACAUAUAUUUUUGUUAAUGGGGGAAUAGUCUAUCCCUUUCCAGGACUUGCUCACAUCCAUUCAAUCUAACCAAUGUGACUUCAUGAGUAAGCUGCCGAAGCACUAUCUUGCAAAGUACCUGAUUUUCAUUACUUCGAUUCCCUAGGGAGGAUAGAUUAUAAAAUGAGUGUCUUUUUCCGAAAAAACUUCUCCAAAGACGCUGUCCAGGAAAGUUCCCUGAGAUCAGCUCAAAAAACAAGCUAACAUCAGCAACUAGUCCCAAAGAAUAUAUCAAUCUAAACUAACAAGAAGGAUGGAGAAUUCUCUGGAAAAAUCCCUCCCAUCACAGCCUUCCCUCUUUUUUCACCAAGUACACACUUGGCCACUAUACAAGUUUUGGUGAAAUUUGAUCAACUUGAAUCCUUAAACAACGAGACAAGGCGGUUUUCUGUAGAGAGUUGCUUCCUGAAUGGAGCUUGGAGCUACAUGCAGAACAAGUAGGUCUACUUCAUAUGAGAGGCUGGUGGUAAUAGGCUUGGCUCUUCUAGCUGUACUUUCUCCUCUCUAUAUUGACCGGAAACUGGAAAGUGAUGAAGAACCUGAGGAGGAGCCCUUCAGUCUUGUUUCUUGGUUGCCUCUGCUGCUCUUGGUGUUGAUCUUGGCCAUUGUUUUGUCGCAUUACUUAGAUCAGAGCUGUAGCAGGUUUGAUCCUUAUUGGAUUCACAGAGUUGGUGGCUCUUCUUGUGGUAUCAUUUUGAUUCUCUUGGUGCUUAUACUGGUUUUGAAGUGCAAAGGUUCUGUAAAGAACUGGGAGGCCUGGCUUAAAUGAGAGAGAGAGAGAGAGACAAAGUCUCAAAGAUUUGGCGUGAUGCUGUGUUUGAGGAAAACGAAUAAGCAGCUUCUCAGUUUGGGAUUGAAAUACUUUUUGUAUCUUUUCAGAUAUAAGAGUUAGCAGCUUAUUGAAUGAAAUCUAAAAGUUUUUGUUAUAUUAAUA